GGCCCUACCGGGGAGUCUGGGGAGGAGAGAAAUGGGAGGGCGUGUGCUGCCCUGCUGUGUCGCGAUUGGUUGGUAGCCGCCAGCUGGCCAGGUAAUUGGGCGGGAGCCGUGUCAGUCACUCCCCUCAGCCUCCCUUCCCCCAGGCGUCUGGCAACAGGCGCUGUCUGGGGUGUCCGGGCCGGCGGGUUGCCGCUCCCGCCGGGGUCCCCCGCCGCUGCCGGUCCCGGGUUGUGGGCCCCGGCCCGUGGCCGCCCUUGGGGUGGCCGGAGGGCGGGAGCCGGCGUGGCGCUGGGAUCUGCAGGCCCUGCCGCCGGCCUGGGGGAGGCGGGCGGCCCCAGGCCCUGGCCUUGCACCUCCUGGGUGUCCUGCGGCCUGUUUUUUAAUUACCUCUGAUUUUUCCUUUUGUCCGGCUUUCCUGCCCCCUCCUCUCCUUACUUAGGCUCUGGGGGAAUUUCUGGGUUUGGGGGUUUUUGAUAAUUUUUUUUUUUUUUUAACUUAAGUGAGAUCAUCUUGCCUGGAGGCUGCAAUGUGACAGAAAUGCUAAAUAGCCCUGUCGUUCAGCGAGGCUUCCUCAUCUAAACUCCGUAGUCGUCUUGCUUGUGAUCAGGACAGCCUGGCAUUAUCAUGGAUCACUCCAGGCACCGUGCAGGAAAUGGCAAUGAGCAGACUUCUUCACAAGAGCGUAGUCAUGGUGAAGAUGAGAGACAACGACAGCUGGAGCGCCUCAGUAGGGAGGAGGCCUAUUACCAGUUCAUUAACGAGCUCAAUGAAGAAGAUUACAGGUUAAUGAGAGACCGAAACCUGCUUGGCACUCCUGGGGAAAUAACAGCAGAAGAGUUGCAGCAGCGCUUGGAAGGGGCUAAGGAGUGCCUGGCAUCACAGAGUGAUCUGAAUAACAGAGAACGUGAAGGUAGAACUGUUGGAGAUUCUGAUGUCCUUGGAGAAAACUCAAAUGGUGACUCCUUGCUUGAAUGGCUGAACACGUUCCGUCGCACAGGAAAUGCCACUCGCAGUGGACAGAGUGGGAACCAAACCUGGAGAGCUGUGAGUCGAACAAAUCCAAACAGCGGGGAGUUUCGAUUUAGUCUUGAAAUCAAUAUAAAUCAUGAGCAUAACAGUUUUGAAACUACUGGUGACGAGUAUGUGGGUAUAGAUAGUAGUAGCAGAAUGUAUUUAGAAAGAAGACGUUCAAGAGCUGUCAGUCCAGCAACCCCACGAACGAGGAGCAGGACUGCAAGAGCUGCCAACAGUGAGGCCUCAAGCACUGCAAGGACCAGGUCUCUGAGAAGUUCUGUGGCACAACUCCCUGAAGCAGCCUCUCAUCCAGUCUCAUGGAGGCUUAGGAGUAGAACGAGGGAGUUGAGAGGCCUUUCGCAAACAAAUGCUACACAUAAUAAUUCUGCAGCUAGCAGUGAACAAAGAGGAAUGCCAGAAAGAGGUACUUCUACGGGAGUCACGAGAGGUAGAGCUAGAACUAAUGUUCGGAUGAGUGCAAACCAAAGACUAGAAAUUCUGCGGCUGAGGUCUACUUUAAGUAGUCGAAGCCGCUCUCCACUGCAAAGGCAAAGUGAUACUGUUCGUUCUGAGGAACAUGGGCAGAGGCAGGACAGAAACACACAGCAAAGCAGUAGAAAUAGAAGACAAACAGCUCAACCUUCUCCACAGUCUGCUGAAGAACAAGCAAGAGGUAACACUCAGACUCCUCUACUUUCCAGUGUAGCCCCAUCCUUGGGUAUAACUUUGGAAGAGGAGGAAUCUAGUAGGCCAGUAGCUGCUGUUAGAAGGCAUCCAACAAUUACAUUAGAUCUUCAGGUGAGAAGAAUUCGUCCUGGAGAAAACAGAGAUCGGGACAGUAUUGCCAGUAGAACUCGUUCUAGAGUAGGAAUGGCAGAAAACAUAGUUACCUUUGAAAGUGACAGUGGAGGAUUUCGGCGUACAAUAUCGCGGUCAGAGCGUGCGGGUAUUCGAACCUAUGUUAGCACUAUACGGAUACCUCUUCGUCGGAUUUCAGAAACUGGGCUUGGUGAACCUUCAUCAGCAGCUCUUCGAUCAAUCCUUAGACAAAUUAUGACAGGCUUUGGAGAACUGAGUUCUUUAAUGGAAACUGAAUCUAACUCAGAAGUGCCAAGAGGUGGUCAUCACUUACCGGAUGUACAGUCAGAGCAGAAUAACUCAAGUUCAGCAAACCGUAGCAGUGAUCCAAGUGCGGUUUCAUCUAGAAACAGGCAUGCAGUGGAAGGCAACAGGGAAACAAAUGGACAGAGCAAUGAUAUUCAACGCUACGGGCGCAAUAAUGAAAACCAAGAUAACAGGCAGUCUCAAGAUGCGAACAACCUAGUGGAAAAUGGAACACUGCCCAUACUUCGACUUGCCCACUUCUUCUUGCUGAAUGAAGAUGAUGAUGAUGAUCAUUUAAGAGGUUUAACCAAAGAGCAGAUUGACAAUCUUUCUACCCGAAACUAUGGGGAUAUUCACACUGAAAAUGAAAUAAGUAAAACAUGCAGUGUUUGCAUUAAUGAGUAUGUAACAGGGAAUAAGCUAAGGCAGUUACCUUGUAUGCAUGAGUUUCAUAUUCAUUGUAUUGAUCGCUGGCUUUCUGAAAACUCCACUUGCCCAAUUUGUCGGCAGCCUGUAUUGGGCUCUAAUGCCACAGACAAUGGCUAGAAUUAAUUAUAUUGCUCAGUACUCAAGGAUUUGCUUCUGCUCUAUUUAUGAUGAGCCAGAUGAAAUGAAUUGACUUACAUAGGGGUCCAUUUGUGUGGGGAGUUUUGUUAAAUUUCUUUAAAAAUAACAGGAAACUUGUCUAAAUAACAAUGUAAAUACUAUUUUUCUUCAAGUGCAGAUCUAGGAGUACACAUAGAACCAAAUGAUAUCGGUAAAUUUUAUAUUUUUUUAGGUAAUUUUGUUAUGCCAAGCACUUUUGUAAAUAUAGAAAUGCAAUAGUUAAUCAGGCCUGCUUAGUGUAUGGGUUUUUUUACAGCGUAAUGGACUCACUUUAUUUAGAUUACGAAUUGUUUCACACAGACCCACCACUGUGUUGAAAAAUUAGUGUCUAAAUAGCCAUUCAUUAGCUUUUUGUUCUAAGAACAAUUUCUUUUACAGAGAGUUUCUUGCUGGACAUGUUUGCUAAAUAUAUUUAAGUUACUUGAAGUGCUCAUUUGAAUAGACUAUAUUUUUUUUAACAUUGAAAUAUCCUUUCCAAAACUUGCCAAUUUGGUUCUAUUUAAAAAAUUUUAUGGCUAUUUUUGCAUGUGGUUUUACACAAUGCUUAAUGCUGAUGAGUUCGUAUUCAAAAGUGGAUGGGUUAGUGACAUUAUAAAAUGUACAUAAUUAAAUGCUGUCUUUGACAAUCUGUCUUUUUCAAUGCAGACAGCAAUCAAAUCAAUGAUAAUUCCAAGAGGGUGUGUCUUACUGAACAUGAUAUUUGCUCAAAGAGUAGAGUACUGAGGAAGCCUUUUCACUCUUCCAAAUUACUCAGUUGAUGCUCAUGGGUUUUUAACUGCCUUAGUUUAAAGAGGGAAAUACUUCCUUGACCAUUGUAUUGUCUACAAUAUGCAUGAUUUGUGCAUCCUACUCAGAAAAACAAAACAAAGGCUUGAAAUGUUUUUUGUACAGAAAUUUAAGGUACACAUAAAAUAUUAGUCCUCUUAAGUCUGAGGACCAAAUGGCAAAAGACACUAAAAAGACAAAACAAGCUUCCCUUAAAGUCCCCAGUUUACUGUAUAAUUAGAUAUUAAACUUUAUACCAAUAACUUACAAAGAAAUAAAGUUGUGAAGUAAAUAA